CCAUCAAGUGCCCCUAUUUGACAGUAUUCUCGGUCACAUUUGGAUUACGACAGCAUUCAUAACCAAGUUGCUUACACCGCCCGCUGCUUUGACCAUAUAUAUGUCACUUAUUCCCGAUUGGUUUUUAAUUUUUCAGAAAACUUUGAGAGCUAUGAUAUCUCGUAGACAUUUUAUUUGCACGCUUGAUUUUAAACCCCCGAUCUGCGUACAUUCUAUCGGGUAUCAGUGACCUAUAUCACGGCGUGAAGUAUCCGUCAUAGGUAAACGGAGAGCUAAGUGAGCUAAUUUAUUAUACUUCACCGUAGAGUAAGUCAUCAUACUCGAUAUAUAUUAUAAUAUUCUCAACUACUUAAACAUGCCAUCAAACAUCACAUCCGACCAACCUGUCUUAAUCAUCGGCGCCGGCAUCGCCGGCCUCACGCUAGCCCAAGGCCUGCGUCUCCACUCCAUCCCGUUCCGCCUUUUCGAGCGGCAUCCGCAGUCACGCGGCUUACAAGGCCACCGUUUCCGCAUAUCGGGGGACGGCAAGGCGGCCCUAACCAGCGUUUUAUCGCCUCAGCUACAAGACUUGCUCCAGCGCACCGCUUCGGAUAAUGCUCGCUUCGAGCCGCGAUACGUGGAUAGCCGGAAGCUUGAGUUUGCGAACCCGACUCCGGUAGGAGAUUCGAUGCCCGUCGACAGGACGUGGCUGCGCGCAUUGACCUCCCUGCAUAUAGAUGAGGCUAUCAAGUACGACAUGGAGUUUGAGUCGUACGAGGUCGUCGAUGGGCAUGUUGAGGUCAAGUUUACGGAUGGCUCGAUCGCGAGCGGGCGUUUGCUGGUUGGCGCGGAUGGCGUUAGGAGCCGCGUGCGCAAACAACUCCAACCGAAUCGCAAACUGCUUGACUUGGAGCGGUGGGUCUCGUGGAGCCGGACUCCAUUGACGGAGGAUCUGAGGAAAUCAUUAUCGCCCGAUGUACUCACUUGGUGCAUGUACGUGGACCACGAGAGCAAUGUGCAGAUGAUUGCCGAGCCAAUGACAUGGUCAGAAAGCGCACGGCUAGAGCCGAGAGGCAAAUUGCCUGACAUUCCAGAUUACGUAUACUGGGUUAUUUGCACAGCCCCUUUCCAGUAUUCAGACGGCUUGCCGAGAGCAGACGAGGAAAAGAAGGCAUUUCUAGAGAAAGUGUCCAAGACAUGGCAUCCUACACUGAAGUUGUUGAUAGAAUCAGCAGCGUUCGAUCUAUCCGCCUGCAUACCUGUCUUCUCGAGCAAGCCUAACAUUGAGAUGAGCUCGACCGGCCAGACUGGGCGCGUCACUCUCAUCGGCGAUGCAGCACAUGCGAUGAGCCCUAUAGGUGGCGCUGGUGGCGACACAGCUAUGCGGAAUGCUGCCGACCUGGCACAUACCAUUGCCAGAGAAGGGGUUACGAAAGCUAGUAUGUCCGACUUUGAGGCGAGGAUGCAAGCAUUGGCCAAGGAGAAGAUUGAGCACUCGUUCAGGGGUGGGCAGAAAUUUUGGAGUGGAAAGGAGUGGAGCGAGUACAAUGAAAUUGAUGAUUAACGAUUCGGGCUCAUUAACCCUGGACCCCAACCCUAACCCUGAGUUUUCGCUUGAUAUAAUUACUCUCCCGAGACAAAUAGAUCUAAGGUUGGGCAACUUUCGAGGUUCAUGACAUCACUCCUAGAUAUAGCCGACUAGUAUUAAUUAAUACAUAAGUAUUCAAAAGUUGAACAA